CAUGGGUGACAAUGAAACGAAGAAGCUGAAGAGCGAGCAGAGCAGAGCAGGUGUCGUAGGCAUAGCGGCUGUUUGUUACAAAAGGAAGGGUGUUUACUGUUUUGGGUGCACACUCUGUUCUCUCAUACGCUUCCACGAAGCACAUUAACCCUUGGUUUGGGCCCCAUGUAAUGAUGAGAUAGCCGCGUCAUUCUCUCAUUUCUUUCUUUCGAGGACAGACACAGAGUAAAAGAGUAAAGAGUGAAGGAAUAUCUUCUGCUUAAGGGUGGGUUUAAUGGAAUUAUAAUGAUUCACCAUCCUUGAAGCCCUUGGUUGGCUACCUCUGCUUCUCCUCAAACCCCAAAAAAAGGGUUAUCUAAGUAGUGAUCAAAGUGUCUUCCUUCUUUCAUAACGGAGAAAAAUGAGUGGAGCUGUGGCUGUAGCUGUUGCCGCUGCAAUCGGUAGCUUAUUACAAGGCUGGGACAACGCCACUAUUGCUGGUGCUGUUCUUUACAUAAAGAAGGAAUUCAAAUUGGAAAGUGAACCUACUAUUGAAGGUCUGAUUGUGGCCAUGUCACUCAUUGGAGCCACCUUAAUCACCACAUGCUCCGGUGGAAUCUCUGAUUGGCUUGGCCGCCGUCCCUUGCUCAUCACCUCGUCCGUCUUUUAUUUUAUCAGUGGUCUAGUAAUGUUGUGGUCUCCCAAUGUACACAUCCUACUUUUGGCGAGGCUUCUAGAUGGGUUUGGAAUUGGUUUGGCGGUUACCCUUGUUCCUGUCUAUAUAUCUGAGACUGCACCCCCGGAAAUAAGGGGUUCCCUAAAUACUUUGCCGCAGUUCACUGGCUCUAGUGGGAUGUUCUUGUCAUACAUCAUGGUUUUCUGUAUGUCAUUGAUGAAUUCACCAAGUUGGAGGGUGAUGCUUGGGGUUCUUUCUAUUCCCUCCCUCAUUUAUUUUGCAUUAACAAUAUUUUAUUUGCCUGAGUCUCCAAGGUGGCUUGUGAGCAAAGGGAGGAUGCUCGAGGCCAAGCAGGUUUUGCAGAGACUACGCGGCAGGGAAGAUGUUUCUGGUCUUGGAGUUGGGGGCGAAACAUCUAUAGAGGAGUACCUGAUUGGACCAGCAAAUGAAUUCACUGAUGAUGAGGAACAAAGUUCUGAAAAAGAGCAAAUCAAGUUGUAUGGUCCUGACGAAGGAGUUUCCUGGGUUGCCCGACCUGUCACUGGACAGAGUACUCUUGGUUUUGUAUCUCGCCAAGGAAGCGUCACAAAUCAGAUCUUACCCCUUAUGGACCCUCUUGUCACCCUUUUUGGUAGUGUCCACGAAAUGCUUCCCGAUGCGGGAAGCAUGCUUUUUCCACGCUUUAGUAGCAUGUUCAGUGUAGCAGGGAAUCAACCUAGAGAUGAAGGGUGGGAUGAAGAGAGCCUUGGAAGGGAGGGUGAGGGUUACACAUCUGAUGCUGUUGCUGGUGAAUCUGAUGACAAUUUACAAAGUCCAUUGAUCUCACGUCAGACAACGAGUUUAGAAAAAGACUUGGUCCAACCUGCUUCCCAUGGAAGUAGUUUGAGUAUGAGGCAUGGUAGUCUCAUACGAGGGCAGACUGGAGAACCAGUUGGUAGCACCGGGAUUGGUGGUGGUUGGAAGCUGGCGUGGAAGUGGGCGGAAAGGGAAGGUCAAGAUGGAAAAAAGGAAGGAGGAUUCAAAAGAAUCUAUUUGCAUGAGAGGGGCAUCCCUGGAUCUCGGAGGGGGUCUCUAGUUUCUCUUCCUGGUGGUGAUGUGCCUGCAGAAUGCGAAUUCAUUCAGGCUGCUGCUUUGGUGAGUCAACCAGCACUUUAUUCUACAGAGCUCAUGGAUCACCAUCCAGUUGGACCGGCCAUGGUUCACCCAUCUGAAGCUGCAACAAAAGGGCCAAGUUGGAGGGAUCUUUUUGAACCAGGAGUCAAGCACGCUUUGGUUGUUGGGGUGGGGAUUCAAAUACUUCAACAGUUUUCUGGAAUAAAUGGGGUUCUCUACUACACUCCCCAAAUUCUUGAGCAGGCAGGCGUUGGAGUGCUUCUAUCAAAUAUGGGCAUGGGCUCAGCCUCUGCAUCACUUCUUAUUAGUGCUAUUACGACUUUGUUGAUGCUUCCUUCAAUAGCUGUUGCCAUGAGGCUUAUGGAUGUCUCUGGCAGAAGGAGUUUGCUACUCAAUACGAUCCCUAUCUUGAUCGCAACCCUCAUCAUUCUUGUUGUUGGAAGUUCUGUGAAUAUGGGUACUGUUGUGAACGCAGCUAUCUCAACUGCUUGUGUUGUGCUCUACUUCUGUUGCUUUGUCAUGGGAUUUGGGCCAAUUCCCAACAUACUCUGUGCAGAGAUAUUUCCCACCCGAGUUCGAGGCCUCUGCAUUGCCAUCUGUGCCCUCGCAUUUUGGAUCAGUGAUAUCGUUGUUACUUAUACACUCCCUGUGAUGCUCACAUCGGUUGGCCUUGCUGGAGUCUUUGGCAUGUAUGCUGUUGUGUGUGUUAUAUCAUGGAUUUUUGUCUUCUUGAAGGUUCCGGAAACCAAGGGCAUGCCCCUUGAAGUGAUUACUGAGUUCUUUUCUGUUGGUGCAAAGCAGGCAGCAGCUGCUGCCAAGAACAACUAAGCAAAUAGGUGGGGGAUCAAGGUCUGUGAUGGGGGCUUCAAUUUUCCUGUUCUGGUUGUUUUUAAGUUUUGAGGGGUUUGUGACAGCAAGUUGAAAACCUUUAGUAAAAAGGUAUUGUGUACAUUAAUUUGUUCAAUCUGACUAAAUCCACUUUUUUGUUUUAAUGUUCACCUCGAGUUGUUUCAACUGGCAACCAUCUGGGCUGGAGUAAGGCUUUUACCAACUGGUUAGGACUUAGGAGUUGUUGAGUGUAGGUA